UUCCCGCGGUCCCGCCCCCUCCUUACCUCAAAAAUUCUUUUGCAAUUUCCCCGCUCGCUGCCAUCAUUUUGAAGCGUAGAUGAGUUGUAGAGAGGGGAAUUGACAAGAGAGUGGAGAUGGGGUAUGAUUAUGAUGAGCAGAAUGAAAAACAUCAGCACCAUGAAGCAGUAGAUGGGCUGUUCAAUCUUUUCAAUAAAGCCAACAAUGAUCUCGCCAUGCUCCAUGACAGACUUGACAAGGAGUUCAAGCAAAUCUACCCCGAUAAUGCAAACCCAAUGAAGCUUGUGGCCAGAAUCAAGAAAAUUCAGGAGGAGGUAUCAUCCCUUAAUGAGCAGUGUCGUGAACUUCUUGCAGCCAAGCAGGAUUUAAUUGACAAAGCCAGGGUAAUCUUGGUUGGAAACAGGUCAUUACUGCAGAGGCUUCAAGCGUCAACAGGGGUUCCAGUUACUGAUGAUUCUAAUGACUCUGCAUACACAAACUUCAAUCAGAUAAUUGAGGAGUGGACAGUUCAAGUGAGAUCAAGAACAGUUAUCUUCAAAAAGUAA